AUAAGAUUCUUAUUCUGUCCAGAAUCUUACCAGUUGUUGCUUUGUGUUUCCAACCUAGCGUGGCUGACAAGAGACUCUCCUUUGAAGCAUCAAAGAACCUUCCGGCAGUACAUAUUGCCAACGAGAGGCACAGAAGAAGACGCAGAGCGACGAAGAUGAGGAAGCUCGUAUCGUGCUUCGCUCCGUUCUUGUUGCUACUAUCGGUUUCCCACGCCGCCGCACCAUAUCGGCUCCUCAACCACCUAACCGCCCGUAACAGCAACAAUUACUUGACCAGGCAGGAGCUUUGGUUCAAUCAGACUCUCGAUCACUUCUCUCCAUAUGAUCACCGUCAAUUUGCACAACGUUACUAUGAAUUCCUUGACCACUUUAUGCUUCCUGACGGACCAAUCUUUUUGAAAUUAUGUGGUGAAUCUGCAUGCAAUGGUAUAGCCAACGACUAUGUCAGUGUUUUGGCAAAGAAAUUUGGAGCAGCAGUGGUUUCUCUUGAGCAUCGCUACUAUGGGAAGAGCUCCCCCUUUAAUUCUUUGACAACUGAAAAUCUGAAAUAUCUUUCAUCUAAACAGGCUCUUUUUGAUUUGGCUGUCUUCCGCCAAUAUUACCAGGAAUCCUUAAAUGCAAAACUCAAUAGAUCCAAUGUUGAAAAUACCUGGUUUGUUUUUGGUGUUUCAUAUUCUGGAGCUCUGAGUGCAUGGUUUCGUCUGAAAUUUCCCCACUUGACAUGUGGAAGUCUUGCAAGUUCUGCCGUUGUUCAAGCUGUUUACAAUUUUACCCAAUUUGACCAGCAGAUUGGUGUGUCAGCUGGUCCAGAAUGUAAAGCUGCAUUACAAGAAGUUAAUCAACUUGUGGAGCAAAGGCUUGCAAAAAAUAGCAAAGAAGUGAAGGACUUAUUUGGUGCAGCUGAGCUUAAUAUUGAUGCUGAUUUCCUGUAUUUUCUGGCAGAUGCUGCAGCUAUUGCAUUUCAAUAUGGAAACCCAGAUAGACUAUGCUCCCCUCUUCUUCAGGCAAAAAAUAAUGGGCAGGACCUGGUGGAUGCAUAUGCCACAUAUGUAAAGGACUAUUACGUUGGAACCUUUGGUGUUAGUGUUCAAACAUAUAGUCAGAAGCAUCUGAAAAACACUGCUCUCAAUGGUGACAGCUCUGACCGGUUGUGGUGGUUCCAAGUAUGUACUGAAGUUGCUUACUUCCAGGUGGCACCAUCAAAUGAUAGCGUUCGCUCUUCAAAAGUUGAUACAAGAUACCAUUUGGAUCUUUGCAAAAAUGUCUUUGGAGAGGGCAUCUAUCCUGACGUCACAGGGACAAAUAUAUACUACGGUGGCACAAAUAUUGCCGGUUCAAAAAUAAUUUUCACAAAUGGCUCACAGGAUCCCUGGCGACAUGCAUCCAAACAGACUUCAUCCCCAGAUAUGCCUUCCUACACUAUUACUUGUCAUAACUGUGGCCAUGGUACUGAUCUCCGGGGAUGUCCCCAAGCUCCUCUAGUUCCCGAAGGUGAUGCCAAGAACUGCAGCUCUCCUGAUGCAGUUCACAAAGUGAGGCAACAGAUCAUUGAAAACAUAGACUUGUGGCUUUCUGAGUGCCAAGCCAAAAGUCGGAAUUCCCUGUAAUACUCUUAUGGCAGAGGCAUGUAAAUGUUAUUGGUGGUUUUCCAACCUUAGUCUUAUGCAUUUUACUCCCCCCUGGAGGUACUCCCUGUAUGCUAGGGCAACGUGAACAGCACAAAAACAUGUCACCUCUAUUUAUAGCUUCAGCUUUUUAUAUAUAUGGUCCGUGCAUGGGAAAUGACAACCACCAAGACAAGAAUCUUUCA